UAGUAAGAAUUCAGUUUAAGUAUUUAAAGAGGAAGUUAUAUCCUACAAAAUUUAUUUAUUUUCUCUCUUAAGUCAAUAUAAUCUAUAAUUUUCCUGUAGAAUAAUAUGUCUACUAUUUCUUCAUCCUUUGAUCAUAACAAAGGUACUAAACAAGACGUUAUCCGAAACACCGUGAAUUUCCAUCGUAGCAUUUGGGGAGAUAUGUUUCUCACAUAUGAUAAGAGAAAUGAUGAAGCAUACAUGGAGGAAUGGGCUAAGGAACUAAAAGAGAAAGUAAGGGAAAAGUUAGUCAUCAUCUCAACCCUAACCGAGGCGGCAUCAAUAAUACAUCAUGUGAAGUUAUUGGAACUUAUCGAUGCAGUCCAACGGCUUGGUGUCGCAUAUCAUUUCGAGGAUGAAAUUGAGGAAUGUUUGAGACAUAUAUACGUCGCGUAUGGGGAUCAAUGGAUCAACAAGAGUGACCUCCAAGGCACUUCACUUUGGUUCAGGCUCCUACGACAACAAGGCUUUAACGUGUCAAGUGACAUUUUCAACAACUACAAGAGCGAAACUGGGUGUUUCAUGGAUUGCAUAAAAGAUGAUGUUGGAGGCAUGCUUAGUUUGUACGAAGCAGCGUACAUGAGGGUGGAAGGUGAACAAGUCUUAGACGAUGCACUCGAGUUUACCAAAUACCACCUUGGAAACAUAGUCAAGAAUCACAUGUGCAAUAUCGACGCUUCUGAUCUUGAAACUCAAAUAAUACAUCAAGCCUUACAACAGCCUCUUCGAAAAAGGUUGGCAAGGCUAGAAGCAUUACGUUACGUACCUAUCUAUGAACAGGAAGAUUCCCAUAACGAGGACUUGCUAAUGUUUGCCAAGUUAGAUUUCAAUUUGCUCCAAGAAUUGCACCGGAAGGAGCUUAGCCAAAUUUGCAAAUGGUGGAAGGAUUUGGAUGUAUCGACAAGACUACCUUAUGUGCGGGACAGAAUAGUUGAAGGCUACUUCUGGAUAUUGGCGGUCUGUUACGAGCCUCAACAUUCUGAUGCUAGGAUUUUCCUAAUGAAAGCCUGCAAUCUUGUAAUCAUUCUGGACGAUACAUACGACAAUUAUGGUACUUAUGAAGAACUUGAGAUCUUUACCGAAGCUGUUCAAAGAUGGUCGCUAAGUUGCUUGGAUAUGCUACCCGAAUACAUGAAACUGAUAUAUCAAGAACUAAUUGAUGUUCACAAAGAAGCCGAAGAAUUGCUAGAAAAGAAGGGAAAAACAUAUCGCAGCUACUAUACCAAAGAGAUGGUGAAAGACUACACCCGAAAUCUCCUAAUCGAAGCCAAAUGGGCAAAAGACGGGUAUAUACCAACUGUGGAAGAACAUAUGUCCGUAACCUUGGUAACUUGUGCCUAUGCCAUGAUCAUCGCUAAAUGUUACGUUCAUGGGGAUGAUUCGGUCACCGAGGAUACAUUUAAAUGGGUAUCAACCUAUCCUCCUAUCGUCAAAUCCUCGUGUCUGAUUUUAAGGCUCAUGGACGAUAUUGCCACACACAAGGAAGAGCAAGAACGAAACCAUGUGGCUUCUAGUAUUGAAUGCUACAUGAAGCAGUAUGAUGUUUCGGAAGAGCAAGCUUGUGAGGUAUUAACGAAACAAGUCGAAGAUAAUUGGAAAGUUAUAAACCAAGAGUCUCUGAGGCCACUCGACGUACCGAGGCCUCUACUCAUGUCUCCAAUCAACCUCGCACGCGUUUGUGAUGUCCUAUAUAAACACGGAGAUGAUGAUUACAAUCAUGCCGGGAAAGACAUGAUCAAAUACAUUAACUCGCUUCUAGUCCAUCCCAUGAGUUUGUAGCUUUUGGUUUCCUUGACAGAAUGAUCGAUCUAUU